GAUUUCGCGAGCAACCGAUACGGUGAACUAAAUCCCUGCACCAUCCACCCCCUUCCCUUUUAGAGUGACGAUCCCCGGCUCCUCGCAUUUACACUAUGUUUCACUAAGAUAGUUGGUUUCUCCGAUCGACUUCCACUUCCCGAACACAGAUUUUUAAUGGGUUCAAUGCUCGGUGACUGGCCUUCAUUCGAUCCUCACAAUUUCAGCCAACUUCGAACAUCUGAUCCCUCCAAUCCUUCUAAGCUAACGCCUGCUACCUAUCAUCCUACUCAUAAUCAGACAGUUCCACCGCCUAAUCAAGCAGUAAUCUCAACUGAAGCCAAAAAUGUUCUUUUGAGACAGUUAUGUCAAGGUGCUGAAGAAAAGUUGAGGCCCAAGAGAGCUGCAUCUGAAAAUCUGAUUCCAGAGCAUGGACUCAAGCAGCCUAGGGGUUCUUUGCCGGAAGAAACUUCCAAUUGAGCUUUUUCACCAAGGAGCUCUGCAAGUUUUCUGCAUGUCUGUUGGCUCUUAUUGCCAUGUAAAGGGUGUUGUAAUGUAUUUUAGGUUGGAUGCUUGCUUGUGUGGUUUGCUUGUGGGUUGAAUUCUUAGGGAAGACAUGUAGAAUUGUAUAGAAUAUCUAGAGGACCAUCACUGAAUAAAUGCAGGGGUAACAUCCCCCUUUAUAAUCA